AUGGAAUGUUUGAAAUAUCAAAAACCAAAUAAAAAAUGCAUGAAACAUGCAAUUAUUUCUCACAACAUUGAUUUUGUUACAUUCUUGGUGAAUGAAUACAAUAUAGAGAUCGAUUUAAAAUACUGCGGAGUUUACAAUAAUCUUGAGUCCUUUUUAGUUUAUUUCGAUCAAACUAAUGAUUUCAGCCAAUGCUUGAUUAAAUCAGUGAUUUUUAAUAUUCCAUCCCUUUUGGAAUACAUCCUUUCACAUGGUGGGAAUAUCAAUGAAAUAGACGAAUAUGAAAGAACAGCACUUCAUAUUGCAGCACUGUAUAAUUGUAAAGAAAUUGCCGAAGUUCUUAUUUCACAUGGUGCAAAUAUCAAUGAAAAAGAUAAAUAUGGAAAUACCGCUCUUCAUAUUGCAGCACUGUAUAAUUGUAAAGAAACCGCCGAACUUCUUAUUUCACAUGGUGCAAAUAUCAAUGAAAAAGAUAAAUAUGGAAAUACCGCUCUUCAUAUUGCAGCAUGGCGCAAUAGUAAAGAAACUGCCGAAGUACUUAUUUUGUAUGGUGCAAAUAUCAAUGAAAAAAAUCAAUUUGGACAAACUGCACUUCAUGUUGCCUCAGAAAAUAAUAGUAAAGAAACUGCAGAAGUUCUUAUUUCACAUGGUGCAAAAAAAUAA